AGCUCACUCUUCCUAGGGAUGAUUCAAAUGAAUCUAGCAGCACACCCACGCCUCAAAUCACAUCGACCAACGAAUCCGACUUCAUGAUUUGAAUCAAGCGUACAUAUUGUGACCUUGUGGCGGAGAGCGCACCGAGAACCGCACUGCUGACGUGCUGUCGUGGAACCUUGCAAGAUGGCACCCGCUGCAUCACUUCUUGUCGCCUGCCUAGCAGCCGCGGCCUACCUCCCUUCAGCAGCCUCCCUUCCCCCAACAGACAAUGAGAGUACCAACUUCGGGCCCAGCGAAGCCGCCGCCCGCCAAAACGCCUUCUCCAUCUUCAACGCCAUCCACUCGGCCAUGCGCCAAUGGGGCUCCUCGCUCCACCACAACGGCAUGUCGCUCUUCCUCGCAACCGUCCCAGCCGGCGUGGCCCUGUACCACGGCGAUUCCGCACCCGACCCGCCUCCGGGACCAGAGUGGCUCGCCUUUGAAAUCGAACACGCCGAGCUGUUCGCCCACCCCAGAUACGAGCGACCACCACCACCACGCCACAGAACCCCUCCUCCUCCGGGGGCACGGCAACACCCCCUCAGGCUUGUACACAUAGAAGAAUCUCAAUCCCCCGACCCCCAGCCCGGCCAUGGCUACGGCUACCUGCACCUCUACCGCACCACCGCCCCGCUCCACCUCUUAUACCUCGACGGCACCUCGGCCGGCAAGACCGCCACCAUGGGCACGCUCGACACGCAGGACCUGCUUCUCCGGCUGAACCGGUCGGCGCCCGCGGAGGACGACGCCGGCCGCGCGCGGGCGCUGUGCGACGAUGUUGUCGUGCCCUGGGGCUUGCACGGCCUGGUGCGGAUGGAGGCCGGGUUUGAGAUCAUCAAGUGUGCGGGCUUUCUGGACGGGUUGGAGAUGAUCUCUGCGCAACGUCGGCCGGUGCACCGGGUGCUUGGGCAGGGGGAGGAUAAUAAUAAUAAGGGGGAUCGGACGAGGGUGGAGAGGUUUGAGUUUAUCAGGGCUGUGGCGCAGAGGUAUCGCGGGAUUGGAGCGGGCCGGGUGGUGGUUGAUUGGUCAAGUAUGGUGUCUGGGCUGUUUUAUGAGGUGGAUUUGGGGGAGGUGGAUGAUGAUAUGCCGCGGUUGGUUGGGUUGACGGAUGAGGAAUUGCGGGGGAUUAGGGGGAGGGUGGAAGAGGUUGUCGGGGCAAGGAAGGGCCGGGAGGGGAAGGCGGUGGUUGACUGGCAGGGGGUGGUGGAUUUGGUGGUCGGGCGGUAUGCAGAUCGGAUAAGGGACAUGGCGGAGGCGGUCGGCUCGCUUGAGGAGAUGCAGGGCGAGGUGGAUUCCCUGCUGAAUACCUACAUCGACUACGCGGUCGAGGACGAGGGGUAUCGAGAGUCCGCUCGGCGUUGUGCGAAGCAUUACACUUGGUCGGCGGUCCCGGGCACGCAGGAGGACAAGCUCAUUCUUACGGCUAUCGAGACGGUGAUGCUGGAUAUCUGCUCGACGCUGUUCGAAGUGCGGCGCGUUGUGGUAGAGGAUCCGGCGGAGCACAGGGAUGCACUGCGUCAGGCCAGAGAGGCCGUGCAAGGCCUGAUGGGCAGGCUACGGUGGACACGGUGGAAGGAGUGCGUUGGCUGUGGCCAUAAUGAGGUCUGUUUCGUGCCUAUGUGGCCGUUUGGUGACGCGCCGUCACAUGAACGGCCGAACUGCAGGAAUGCAAGCACACUGGAAGACGGAUGGCGGGACAACAGUUAUUGGCAUGCUUUCUAGGUGUGCUAGCAAGCAGAAGCAGAUCAGGCUUGUGGUAUGUCCUCGGAGAGGCGACAAGCAAAAUUGUCAGGCUCCGGAACAAAAGUAAUGGGCUUGCGUCAGCCGCGAAUCGAACGCGGGGCCCAUCGAUGGCAACGAUGGAUUUUACCACUAAACCACUGACGCCAGAUGUUGUGAUGGUGGAGUUGAUGGUGAUUUCCGC